AUGUUGAAUGCAUCUUUAUUAUCUGAAGAGAUUUUGAUCUUGAUUAUAUCUCACGUCGGUUCGCUCUCUCAACUGCAAGAAUGCAGACUGGUAUGCAAAGCGUGGUGUAAUCCUGGUUUGAUAAAUAUGCUGGGUCAGGAAAUUACCUUGCGAUCAGAAUUAGGCAUCUUUAGGCUGUAUGAUCUGUUGGUGAGGGAGCCAUCAAGAGGCCACUUGGUCAAGCAUCUUGUAUUUAAUACUGGAGACAGCUGUUCUUUUGUUCUCAAGGAGUUGCUUUCCUUGAUCCUGACGCCCACUAUCGAAACCAUCAAAGGAGAUGUCAGUAAUGAAGACUUUUACAUCGAAUUCAACAAGGUUAUGGAGCGAUGGCCCAACAAAUUUGAAAAGUUACGCCAGAUGACAAGCUGCUACGAGGUUACGUUCCCAUAUUUUGACUCACUCUUGCAUUUUAAAGACACUCUGCAAACAAUGGUAUUCAACAUUGGCGAAUACUCUGAAGAAACCGCUUAUAUCUGUGCCAAGAAUCUUACGCAAUUCCUACAUUUAAGGUCGUUCAAAAUGGAAGGAUGGUACCAACGAUUGUGGGAUAUGGAAGAAGUUCUGAAAUACUGCCCUUACAUUGAAGAAUUAUCGCUCAACGUUCAUGUCGAAAGUAGCAACGUCCUUGAACCACCUGCUGUAAAAGACUGGACCGAGUCAGCUGUUGAACAACAGUACAAUUUGAAGAGACUCUCCAUUCAAACCAAUUGCCCUGCUGACUACAUGCAGUACCUCUUUUACAAGUACCCCAACAUUGACAGUAUCAAAAUCGACAUUGAAUUGGAUGAUGAGUUUAUCGACAUCAACAUGUAUCGCAUCGCACAUUUGAUCAGAGAUAUCCCCAACAAGCAAAUUGUGUUCACUGUUGGAACCGGUCUCGACUUUAGAGAGAUUGUACAGAGCUUACAAGCGUACCGUUAUAAUGUCAUGGUUGAGUCAGCGCAUGUGAAUGGAGACUUUCGACUCGUCUUGUCUCCAAUGAUGUGA